CACACAGCAUGUGUCCCAGACUAGGCGAGAUGUAAGAGCUAACAAUGGCUGUCCAUUCCAGCAGGCCGCCCUUCUGAAAGUAUGUUUAGUUCUUUUGACCUCCGGACGAUAAUCAUGAUCGUCAUUGGUAGUGGGAUCCUGGCAGCCAUGUUUCUACUGACAGGAGUUGUGCUCUGUCUUUACUCCAAAAUAGCCAGGGCUCUGAAUCCAUCUGGAACUGGAAAGGAGUUAGACGAUCAACUCUGUUCUGAUCCGUGCAAGACCACCCAGGAUCAGAUCAUCCGGGUCAACAGCCUCAAUGCUGACACUUGCCGUCCCUUCCACGGCAGCACAAUUGGUCUUGAGAACUGCCAGCCCCUCCAGUGUUUCAGUGCAUGUGGCACGUAUGAAGGCGCUAACUCCCUGACACCUUGCCUUUGUAACACAAAGGAAGGACUCUGACACGACACUGGCGGAUAAAAGGAAAUCUUCACCAUCAGUAUUUCAAUUUCUUAGUACAAUAUUUUCUUACUCAAGCCAAUUUCUAUUGUGUUAUAAAUGUCGUGUACUAUCUAACAUGGUAUUUAUGUACUUUUGUAUAAAUGUACAAUAAUGAAAACAA